UUUGGUUUUGUCAACAUGAGAGAAAACUGUAAGACCGACAAAUAGUGAAUUGUCGUCCCAGCCAGUCAUGGAUUCCGCUUUUGAGAGGCACUGCUCUGAGCUGGUGGCCCGAGAGAGGAGCGGACACACCGCCGUGGUGGAGGACAACCUGCUGUAUGUGUGGGGAGGAUACAUGUCAAUUGCUGAUGAUGAAAUUCUCCUACCCAGUAAUGAAAUCUGGGUAUAUGACUUAGAUCGAGGUGUAUGGCAAGUGUUCCACAUGACAGGGGAAGUUCCGCCCUCCAUGUCUGGGACCUGUGGCUGCUAUCUGAAUGGACACAUUUACAUUUUUGGAGGUUGUGAUGACAACGGACAGACCAAUCAGAUCUAUUGUGUCAACCUGACAGACGGCAAAUACACAUGGAGAAAAAUCAUACAUGAGAUGGGAUCUGCUCCCUCACCUCGAGACAAAUUAUCCUGCUGGGUUUAUAAAGGAAGGAUAAUCUAUUUUGGAGGUUAUGGUCACAAACUUCUGACCGAUGUCGACAGCAGAAACAGAAGCUUCAUUGUAGAUGAAGCAUCAUGGGUAGAGGAUGUCUUCUGGGGAUGGAACAAUGAAGUUCAUGUAUUUGACCCCAUGCAAGCCAGCUGGGGUGAACCACAAACCCACGGCCGUGCUCCAGCCCCCAGGGCAGCUCACGCCAGCGCUACAAUCGGUUGUAGAGGAUACAUUUGUGGAGGCAGAGUCAUGGAAACCAGGACGAGUGACAUUCACUGCUUAGACCUUGAAUCAUGGACGUGGUCAGAAAUAACCCCAGUGUCCAUGACUCCAUUGGGUAGAUCGUGGCAUUCACUCACAGCAGUGUCAGAUAACACCUUGUUUGUGUUUGGAGGUCUGAGUGUAGACUGCAAACCAAUGAGUGAUGGGUGGCUGCUUGAUGUUGAAACAAAGAAAUGGAGAGAAAUUGAGCAUCCCUUUAAGAAUAAGCCAAGGUUGUGGCACACAGCGUGUCCAGGUAAAGACUCUGAUGUCAUUGUGUUUGGAGGAAGUUGCGACUACAUCCUCCUUGUUGACACAGGUCACUGCAAUGAUGCACUGGUUUUCCAGAUGCAGCCACAUCCUCUAUACAGGAUUUGUGAGGAUUACAUUGCCAAGAAUGUGAGGAACUAUGAGACCAUCAGAAGUCAGCUCCCUCUCCUUCCUCCCAAACUACUGACAGCAGUACAGAGGAGGAUGUCUUUCUACCGGCCUUCAAAGAAAUAACAACAUUAGUUAAGAACUCCUGGAAAGCCAAGAACAAUGCAUUAUCAUACAAAUCAUUAUUUAAGUACUGUACUCUUUUUAUUUUAUGAACAGCUCAGCCAGAGAGUGAGGUAGCAUUUUUAUUUUUUAAAUAUAAUGUGAAAAAUAUUUUAUGGUGUUACAUUUUAUUGUUUUACAAAUGCUAAUUUUAUUUUGUACUGUCUGCCUGCUGA